AUGUUCUACGCUUGUCUCGCAAUUAUGAUACUUUUUGUUAUUAUGUGCUCGUGUAUUACAAUGGCAAUUAUUGAUUUGGAAGUUUAUAAUUUUGGAUUGUAUAUUGUUUUGCUGUGUAUUGUAGGUGAGUGCAUUUUGAACAAAAUAUCUAGGUUUUGGUGUCAAAAAUACGUAAAUAUGAAAAAAACAAACCACAAGAGGUCACUAAUUGGAAUAUUGUUCAAAAAUUUCAUGGAUUUUUGAAACAGUGAAUUCUAAUUAUAAGUUAAAAUCACAAAAAUCAUACAAUUUUUGAAACAGUGAUUUUUUACUCAACAAUUUUCUGCGAAUUUUCUGCAGCAAAAAAUCUACGUCGCGAUGCUAGAAAAUCACCGUCAAACAUUUUCGUUUCAUUCCAAUAUCCAAGAAGUUUUUAUUAAUUCCAAAGCAUUAUUCAAACAAUUAUGAAUUCUUUGAAACAGUGAAUUAUUUCAGUCAAGAAUAUUUUUCGAAAUUACUCAGAAAACGUCUCGUCAGCCGUCCGCGAGGUUGCGAGCUGUUGAAAGCUAGCAGAGGCAUUUCGACAGCUCGCCGCGAGGUUGCCGAGACGUUUUCUGAGUACAAAAUUUGGCGCAAGCGUAAAAAAAUGAGCAGAACACAAACCCUUUAAACAUUAGAAAAAUGAAUUUCAGGAACAAUGUUGGCGUGUGCUCUUUGUAUAGCAAACCCAGGAGCUUGUGCAAAUCCCGUUUGGUAUACCAAUUUUUGUUUUCUGAUGCAUGUGAGUUAGCCUAAUUUUUUCUCUAAAAUGCGAGAUUUUGGCUGAAAUGUGAUCAAAAUCAAACUCGUAAUUCUUGCAGGAUUAUAUGCAAGAAAUGUAUCCGGUACAUCCGGAUGGCACAUCAAGUCCAAAAAUGACUGGUCUACGGGCUCAAAUGCAAAGGCAUGCUGCUCAGUCAAUGGCAACUUCAGAUGAUGGAACAAGGGUGGCUGUAAGAGCUGAAUCGAGAGCUACGGUAGCCAUGUUGGCACCAGCUGUGCAUAUUAUGCAUCAGGUACGGUGGUUUUCAGUACGGUGAAGAAAAUCCACGUGGUAACAAAAAUUUCAAUUUUUGUUCCCGAAUCGUACAGCGAAUUUAAAUUUUUUUUUUUGAAAAAAUACACUGUUUUUGAAACAGUGCUUUUUUGAGAACAAAAAAUGUUUAAAUUUAAAAUUGUCACGUGGCAAAAAAACCGUUUUUUUCUAGGUGUGGAAAGGUAUGGCUUGGGUAACAGAUGGAAUCGAAGAAGAAGACGAAGAUACCCGAUUAUCAUUGUAUGACAAAAUGGAACAAGGAACAUCGGAUGAAACAAGAUCGGGAAGUGAUCAUGCAAUGAAAAGACUAUCAACAAUUGCUGAAACCAGUUCAUAUAUUCUCAGGGAAAUUGUGAGUUUUUGAGUCGAUUUCGGUCAAAAAAUUCGUCUAAUGUCAACCUAUUUUUAUCAUAAAAUCAUGCAUUACAGGAAGAUCAGAGCAGCGACUACAAUUCGAAAAAUGAUGUGAAUCUUUAA